GGGCCGGGGGCCGGGGCCGGGGCCGGGUGCAUAGAGUGUGUGCAGUACCCUGUGCGAGGGGUUUUGGGGCCCCAGAGGAGGCGCAGGCACAGUGAGGAGGCCGUGGUUGAAGGAGGCAGCAGGUCUUGAGGGCUGGGCGGGCCCUGAGGGGACGGUGGUCACCACUAUGGCCUAAACAGUUACAGGAGCGGUUUGGAGCCGAAGCGCCUCUCACUGCCCUGGGAUCCCCUUCCCCAGGAGGCUCCGUGAGCACCGGCAGCAUUCCCGAGGGAGAGGCUCCUUCCCCGGGGUUCGUGCCCAGAGGCCCGGUCCGGCCCGGCCGCACAGCACGGCAGCUGCACAGGAGCUCUGCCGUGGAAGAGCCUCGGGAAGGAAUCACCGCGCACCACACACAGUGUCCAGCACACGGUACAGCCCAGGACUGUAAACAUUUCUCACUGCAUCCUUUAAAAUGGUUAAAGGGUUCUGGGCUCGCUCUGUGUCUGAACAGUCCGGCUCAGAGCCUGCUCCCCCAGAACCACAGCAGUGCGGGCAGAGCCCGGCCCGGUGCUCCAUCCACUGCGGUAACUGCACCAAAAUGCUGCCCAACAGAGAGACUCAGACCCACUCUUAGAGUUGAUGGGGAAUCUGUUCAGGACAUUUUAACACUCUGCCUUUGUUUCCUCCCUGCUGCAAGGAUGCCAGGUGAACUCAUCCAGCAUCAGCAGUUGGUUUGGGGAAGGAAGGUGGGCUGGGGUCCCACAUAGGUAGGCAAUUGUUUGGAAAACUUUCUGGCCAUCCAUCUAUCCUUCCAUCCAUCCCAGAGCCCCUCUGGCAGUCACAUUCCUGCCCCUCCAGACUGGCACUGCUGGGACUGAAGACCCUUCACAGCAGCAGCUCCAGAGAUUCCUCAACAGGAAUUCCUCCCUUGAUCUUAACAGGGCAUUCCUGCUAACAUACUCAAAGGGAAAAGUUUCAAGGGAUUUAACACUGCCCUGACACACAUUAUUAUUGCAGGUAACAAGCAACAAAAUUAAGGUCAACGGGGUUGCCAUAGGCCAGAAAGGAUUAUCAAUAUAAAAUCACAAAAAAGAGCUGAUUGUUCAUAUUGACAUACUGGGUCAGUCACCAGGUGCAGGCCGUUGGAUGUUUGGAGAAGGAAGGUGACGUGGGGUCCCAUCUGGGUCAAAACUGUUCUAGAAACUUCCCUGUCAUCUACCCUGGAGCUGCUCUGGCAGCUGCACUCCCUCCCCAGACUGCCCCUGGGGCCCUGUUGCCUCCCUCACACCCCAUCCCACAGUUGCUCCUGGUUUCCUCUCCAGCUCAGCCCCAGGGCUCCCAGAGAGCAGUCCCAGACUCUGGCUCCUUUAAGGAAUUUUAUCGUGCUGCAGCAGCUCAGUAACAGCUUGAGAUGGAGCCUCUGGGGAGAGACACUAACAAAGGAUCUCCCAUGAUUCCAUCCCUCCCUGAUGGUGGGGUCUUCCAGCUGAACCAUCCUCUCCUGCUGUGUCCCAGUGCCCAGUCACCUGCCUGGCACUGCAGGGCCCUUUGGGUUGGUGCCAGGUCCUGGCCACUUGCUGGGGGCUCUGGCCAUUUCCCCACAGAGCUCACCCUGCAGGUCCCAGGGCAGCUGCCCCACCAGCUUUGUGCCCUAAAUGUGCUCCUCAGCACGAGGGACCCUCAUUGCACACCCCAAACUGUGGCAGAUCAACACCCCCAGACACCCCAGUCCACAGCUGCACCCUCUGCCUGGAGUGCCUUCGUCCCCUUCAAGAAUCCAUCCUCAUCCCUGAGCUGGGGGACACGGCUGUGAGGGGUGGGAGGAAUUUCAGCCAAAGGGCUGUGGGCAGUGGCCCCUGUCCAGCGGGACGCUGAUGACAAGGGUGUCCCUGAGGGCUCUGGGUGGCACUGGGGCUCUGCAGUCCCUUCCUGACACAGACAGUGACUCAAGGCCACCCUCAGAGUGUUCACAAAGGUGACACGAAGCUGAGGUGCAGGUGACAACCAGGGGGACCUGGACAAGUUUGAGAAGUGGGACCAAGAGGACACAGUGAAGUUCAAUAAAGCCGAGGGAAAGGGCUGCACCUGCGCAGGGACAGUCCCAGCACCAGCCCAGAGUGGGAGAAGAGCUGCGGGUCCUGCAGAGAAGGACUGGGGGGUUCCGGUGGAGGAAAAGCUGCACCCGAGCCAGCAGCGAGCACCGGCAGCGCCAAACGCCGAACGCAUCCCGGGCUGCAGCAGAGGAGGAGUGGCAAGAGGAGGCUGAGGCAGGGGACGCUGCCCCACCGCCCUGCGGAGCUGUACCGAGAUCACCGCUCAGGGACGCGUCCAGCCCAAACCCGUCAGUGACGCGUGCUUCCACGGUGAUGGAUCCUCGGGGGCUCCGUUGUUCCCAGCACGGCUCCAUGGCCACCAGCGGCACAACGACAACGUUCCAGGGCUGCCAGGCACCGGCGGAUCCCCGAGUGACAACGGCCGGGCUGUCCCUCCCGCUCGGCCGCGCUCCGGUGGCGGCUCCGCUCUCGGCGGAGGCGAGUGCGAGGGCCGUUCCCGGUGACCGGGGCUGUGCCUCGUCCCUUGCACGGCAAUGCCGACUCCAGGCGUGGGUGCUGCCGUCCCCGCGGGGGACGCGGUGGCUGAACCACAUGAGGACCCAGAUCAGUGGAUGGGGAGCCCCGAGCAGCCCGAUGCCCCAGCCCCAGGUGCCUGUUGCGGGGCAGACCCCACCCCAGGAGGGCUCCGUGGCCGUGGUGCUGCGUGUGAGGCCCCCCAACCGCCGGGAGCGAGCUGCACCCAUCAUCCUGCGCGUCCUGAACCAGCACGCCGUGCUGUUCACCUCCGAGGAGCCCGGCGGCACCGGCACGGCCACCGGCACCGGCACCGCACCACACUGCCCGCGCAGCUCCGGCCGCCCCCGCAGGAACAUCGAAUUUGCGUUCGACCACGUUUUUGGCGAGAGGGCCACGCAGGAGGAGGUGUUCCAGCACACCACGCUCCCUCUGCUGGACACGCUCCUCGCUGGCUACAACUGCUCCGUGUUUGCCUACGGUGCUUCCGGAGUUGGGAAGACCCACACCAUGAUGGGCUCCAAGAGCACUCCUGGCAUUGUGCACCUGGCCACGGUGGAGCUCUACAGGAGGCUCGAGACCAUGAAGGACAGGAGCUGUGAGGUCCUAGUCUCCUACCAGCAGGUGUACAAAGAGCGUGUCUACGACCUGCUGGAGUCCCAGGGCCCCCUGAACGUCUGGGAGCAGCCUGGGAAAGGAGCCAUGGCACAGGGCCUCUCCAUCCACCAGCCCACGUCACCAGAGCAGCUCCUGGACUUGUUGGCCAAAGGCAAUAAAAACCGGGCCCAGCGUUCCACCAAGGCCAACGCCACCUCCUCCCGCUCCCACGCCAUCUUCCAGAUCCAGGUGAAGCAGUGGGACCUCACUGCUGGCCCUGCCGGGGACCCGCACGUGGCCAAGCUGAGCUUCAUCGACCUGGCGGGCUCGGAGCGAGCCUGGGACACGCCGGGCCGGGGAGAGGGGAUGUGGGAGGGCACCAGCAUCAACCGCUCGCUGCUGGCUUUCAAAAGCGUCGUCCGUGCUCUGUCCGGAGCCAAGGGCGGGCAGUGCCACGUGCCGUUCCGGGACAGCAAACUGACGCUGCUGCUGAAGGACUCGCUGAUCGGCAGCUUCCGCAGCACCGUGAUCGCGGCCGUGAGCCCCGCGGCGGCCGCCGGCCCCGACACCUACAGCACGCUGCGCUUCGCCAGCCGGGCCCGGCACAUCCUGCUGCCGUCCCUGCAGAACACCGAGGUGUCUCCCUGCAGCUCCAGAACAGCCUCCCCGACUGAUCUGCAGUUCCAGACCAGUACACCGAGUCCCCUUCAGCAGGACCUGCAGGACCAGGAGCAGAACCUCUGCCCUGAUGAAAUUACUGCAAAGACAAAGGAAGUGGAGGAACCCAAAAAUUUGGAUGAGUCCAUAAGGCUGGAGGAGCCCUCAGGGCUGGAGGAGUCCUCAGGACUGGAGGAGUCCUCAGGGCUGGAGGAACCCACAGGGCUGGAGGAGCCCAAAGAUCUGGAGGAGUCCUCAGGGCUGGAGGAGUCCUCAGGGCUGGAGGAGCCCACAAGGCUGGAGGAGUCCUCAGGGCUGGAGGAACCCACAGGGCUGGAGGAGCCCAAAGAUCUGGAGGAGUCCCCAGGGCUGGAGGAGCCCACAGGGCUGGAGGAAGCUGCACUUCCCUGUUGCCUUGAAGAGCCCAGCGAGGUUGCCCCAGCCCCAGGAAUGCAGCUGAGCUGUGCAGCCGAGGCUCCUGUCACCAUUUCAGAUCCCCCUGUGCCCAGCACCGCCUCGGAAUGCUGCCGGGAGCUCUCUCCGUGCUCCAGUCCCAAGCCGAUAUCUGUCUGGCCGAUUAAGAGGAUGCUCGAGUCGAGCAGCGAUUCCCAAUCAGAAAAUUCCUGCGGCUCCCGAGCACGGAGGAAGCGCCAGCGGAGGAAGGCAGCAAAGACUCCUCGGGCAGCGCAGAGCCCCGGGCAGAGCUCCCCCGUUCCCCCGGAGCCCCGCGGUGUCAGCCGCCAGCCCUCCCCGUCGCCGAGCACCCAAAGCCCGGCACCAGCGGCUGCACGCACCCCCAGCCCCCUGCCCGGGCCGGCUCCAGAGCUGCUUCCCGCCAGCGCUGAGCAACAGCAGCAGCAGCCAGAGCUCCGGGCAGCCCCCCCGCGCUCAUCCCCCAGCACCUUUCCCAGCGCCCAAACCCCAAAGGCCUCCCGCUCCUCCGUGCCCCGCUCCUCCUGCAGCCCCCCGAGCAUCCCCUCCUGCCCCCCGCCGCCCUUCUGGCCAUGGUUCCAGCGGCAUGCCAGCGUCUGUAACCCCUCUGUUGGCUCAGUCCUGUACGUGUGUUUGCAGGUUAUGGGUGGGUUUAGGAAAUAA